GAAAGAUCCUAUCUAGUUAUGCCCUUAAUAAGAAAAGGGUUUCAAACGUGGUUAGUAAAGCUUGGAGAACCAAUGAAGAAUUCUCUGUUUCUGCGUGGGGGGGAGAAUAUCUACGUUUUCGACUUCAAAUUUGAAGAGGAUUGUGCAAAAUCAUUACUCUAGGACCCUGGUCCAUAAUGGGUCACCUAGUGAUUUUGAGCAAAUGGGACGCUCAGAAAACCAUCGAGGAGUUGGAUUUCUCCCAUAGCCCCUUUUGGGUUCAGAUUAAGGGACUUCCUCUGGGGUACCUUAAUGUGAAAAGCAGAAUGAAGAUAGCAGAAACCCUUGGAGAGAUCAUUUCAGUUGAAGACCCAGAUGGGAGGGGGAAGUUGGCUAAGCUCAUCCGAGUUUGGGUUUGGAUUGAUAUCACAAAACCUCUCAAAAAGGGUUUCUUCCUCAGACGCAACGGAGAAGAAGACCUCUGGAUCAAAUUUCAAUAUGAGCGGUUGUCUGAUUUUUGUUAUCGGUUUGGUCAUGUGGGUCACACCAUAAACGACUGCCCGGAGCAAGGAUCGAGUAACCAGUCGGCAAAUCUUUUUGAUAGCAACUUAAGGGCAGAGACUUCUUGGUUGGAUAUGAUUCAAUAUGGGGAUAAACAGCUGGAGAAGCUAUUUUACCCUCAUACAUGGAGGAUUCAGGCUAGCGGCGGUGGAAAGGAGGGAAGCAUGGAAGAAAAGGGUGGCGCGUGUGAGGAAAUUAUUUCCGUUAUUGCCAAAGGGACAAAUAGUACAAAAGGGAGCUAUGAGGGAGCAGAGGACAUUGAGGCGGGACAGGUGUCGAUGCAGGGGGAAGGCUCUAGCACGAGCAAGACAAAUUUGUAUUCCAAUUUGCCAGAUGAGCUGGCCUUUUGCAAACAUCCUAGCAACCAAGGGUUUUUGGAGCUGGAUGUGGUAAGUAAGACUCCUUUUGGGCCUUCUCCUUCUCUAAAUGUUGAGAGGCCCAUUUCGAGUGGGCCUCAGUACUUUGUGGAAAGAAUCGAGUAGCCCAAGAGACUCUGAGAGGGCCGUAAGUGAGAAUUGGGCUGAUAUGGCAAAUCUUUUACCUAGCUCCC